AAAAAUGAAUGACGAAGUAGAAAUUUCUUUUAAUAUUAUGCAAGCUUCAUCAAAUAUUUUGAUUAAUACGAACAAUAGAGAAGAUAAAGUUACUAAAACCAUAACAGGUAUCUAUGAAAAUGCUGUAUUUAUUAAAGUUUAUCCAAAUAAAAAAUGUGAAUUUAUUAGAAAUGUUAAACAAAAUGAAGAUAUUAGUAAAUAUACUAUUCUAUGUUAUGGGUUUAAAGUUUCAAAAUCAUUAUCUGAAAAAUUACAACAAAGUGUUGAAAAAUAUUGGGAUAGAGGAGACAAUUUUUUAUAUUAA